UUGAACUCGAAGGCUGAAUUUCGGAAGCCUUCGAAUGGCUCGGCUAAUAGGAAGUACCGGCUUAGAUCUUCGGUGGCUGGAUCAACGUCCUCAUCUGAUGGAAGUCCACAACGUGACCGCAACUCGAGUCCUGUCCAAUUGAGAAAGGAUAUAGCAAAAUUUGAUGAUGAUGAUGAUGAAAGAAAGAGGGAUAACACUAAGGAUCGACAGUCGUCUAGGAGGUAUCACAGGCAUGACGAUCACAUCAGGCUUGAUAGACAUGUGGAUGACUAUGAUCGAGGUUAUUCCAAGUCAUCCUACCAUUCUAGACAGGGCUCGCGAGAUAAAAACAACUCAAAUUACUCGAGGUCUGAUAAGGAGCUCCCAUCUAGACAUUACGUGAAAGAUGUGGACACUAACUCUCGUGGGAAAUCUGAUGGUUUGGGGCAUAGAAGUAGGGAUAAAGACUCAUAUAAUUGGGCUGGUUCUGAUAGUAGGCAUGCAAAUAUUGAGAAAAAGGACAAAGGUGAUAGGAGUGACCGAUAUGGAAGGAUGGAUUAUAGAAAGAGUUCAAUGGAUUACAAAGGUGAUCGUUCGCCUGCUUAUGAAGAGUCAAGGGAUCAAAUAAAUGAUUAUUCUUCACGAAGAGAAAAUACUGGACGUCGUUUAAAGGAAUCCUCUUCAAGAUACUCCAAGGAAGUCGAUGCAGUUGAUGAAAAGAGUAGGCGCCUGGAUGCAGGUCCUGAUAAGGUGCAAUUUAAUAGAGAUACAAAGGAGGAUUUGGAUGGUAUGUCCAACAAGGGUGAAGAAGCUGGCGUGAAGGGGGACUCGAAGGUGGAGUCCAAGCUGGACGAGCCGGAUGUCGAGAAGAAACGGGAGCAGCUUCAGGUGGACUUAGAGAGACAGUACACGGCCUGUUUGCGCCGGCAAGAUGGCCGCACAGUUGGCCUCGGUCUUUUAGAUUACUUUGUUCGAUAUUUUCGUGUUUGUGUUGCUGUUAUUGUACUUUGGAUGUUUGUGCGUUAG